AUGGAGUCCUUCCAACUCCUCCGGCGCCGCACCACGGAGCUCUUCAGCUCCCUGGAGCAGUCCAUCCCCGCCAUGCCAGCCAUCCCCUCAAUGCCGGCCAUGCCCUCUCUCCCGUCUGUCCCUUCGCUUGGCGGGGGCGGUAACAAGUCCAACAACGCCAACACUAUGAAAGCCACCUGGGAGAAACUGGACAUCCCCCACCUCCCACGGUCUGCGCACUCGGCUGAUGUCGUUGCGGGUACUGUGUAUCUCUUUGGCGGUGAGAUCACCCCGGGCCGGGUCGUGGCUGACAACGACGUGCACGCCGUCAAACUGCCGUCUAGCGGUGCGCCGGCGGAUUACUAUGCUAUCAAGGCCAAGCCGGCGAAGAAGCCGGUGGUUAUCCCGACUGUGGUUGAGCCCACCCCGGAGACAGAAGAGGAGGAACUAUCUGAAAUUCCCUUGGGUGGUCCUGCUCCUGCCACGACGGCUGCUACUACUACUUCUACUCCCGCCACACCCCGGCCCCCCCGUACAGACCUCCCUGAUGUCCCGCCCCCGCGUGCGGGCCACGCAACAGCCGUCAUCGGCCACCGGAUCUUCCUCUUCGGCGGACACACCAACGGAACCAACGGGGGCUCAACCGUCCCCCUCGACGAAGGCGGCCGAGUCUGGGUUUUCGACACCCGCACGCACCUCUGGUCCUUCCUCGACCCGCAGUCUCCGACCGCCGCGGUAGAAGAAAUCCACCCAUCCCCGCGCAGCCACCACGCAGCGGUAGCCACGGCGAAGCCAGAUUCUUUCGACAGUAUCACCUCGCCGACAUCUCCCAAGUUCCGGGCUCGCCCGCAUGCCUCGUCCCGCGCGGAGGCGUGGCGUGAUUGGGCUUUGGGUACGUCGGCGGAGGCGGAGCAGACGUAUGGCACGCCGAACCGGCCGGUGGUCGGGGUGUUAGCGGAGAAGGCGACGGAUGCGGAUGCGGAUGGGUAUGGGACGAUUAUUAUCCAUGGGGGGGUUUUGGCGCCUGCUGCUGUUGCUGCUACCUGGGCCUUUGAUGUGCGGUCACGCGUCUGGCAGCGUCUGCCUGAUGCCCCGGCUCCGGCGCGCGCGGGUGUCUCGCUGGCGAUUGGCCGUGGGAAGGGAGGACGGCUGUACCGCUUUGGCGGGUUUACCGGGAGCACUCCCGGCAACAGCAGCACCGCCAGUGGGAAUCUCGAUUUCCUUGACCUCGGCGUGGACGUCUUCGACGACCAGGUCACGGGUGGCCGGGGCACCGAGGCAGUGUUGGCCGUGCGAGGGGGCGGGUGGAAGACGCUGGGCGUGUCUCUCGGACCGCAAGCAGGAUUCGGGUUUAGCACGGUAAACGAAGAAGCGGGAGAAACUCAGGGACUCCAACUGCAACCAGGGGCAACCCCGGGCAACAACGACAUCGACUGGCCCGGCGCCCGCAGUGUAGCCGGUUUCCAAGCCGUCAGCGUCGGCGGCGGGCGCGAAUACCUCGUCCUCCUCUUUGGCGCACGCGAGUCAUCUUCCCCUGCUGGUACCACUACCAGCACUGCCAGCGCCCAGUUCUGGGACGAUAUCUGGGCCCUCCAAGUCCCCUCAGAAGGUUUCUCCCUCGCCAGCGUAGCCGACACCGCCUUCUCCGUAGUCCGCACCGUCCGCAGUGGCACUACUACGGGUACUGUUGGGACGAACGCAACGAUCAGUGCUGUUGACCUGGGUCUGACGUGGACGAGGGUGGAGGCGGGCCCGCAUGAUGAAGAGGACGAUGAGUCGGCUGAGGGGCCGGAGGCGAGGGGGUGGGUGGCGAGUGCGGCGACGUUGGAGGAGAAUGGGUUGGUUGUGUUUGGGGGGUUGGGGGAGGGAGGAAGGCGGUUGGGGGAUGGGUGGGUUUUGCGGUUGGGUUGA